AAAACAAGGUGAAAAUUCUUCUCUGGCACCUCAGUUCUGACCCCUUGGGGCUUUUGCUAGUUUUUACAAAUUAAAGAAUCAAAGAGAUUUUUUCAAUUGUUUCUCCAGCUAUUUUGCCUGCAGAUCUUCUGAACAAAAUGAUCCGUUUUAUAUUGCUUCAGAACAGGCAAGGAAAGACUCGUUUGGCUAAGUAUUAUAUACCUCUUGAGGAAUCCGAGAAGCACAAGGUGGAAUAUGAGGUUCAUCGGUUGGUGGUGAAUAGAGAUCCCAAAUUCACCAACUUUGUUGAGUUCCGUACCCACAAGGUAAUAUACAGAAGAUAUGCAGGAUUAUUUUUCUCACUUUGUGUUGAUAUCACAGACAAUGAAUUGGCUUAUUUAGAGUCCAUCCACUUGUUUGUGGAGAUUUUGGAUCACUUCUUCAGCAAUGUCUGUGAGCUGGAUUUGGUUUUCAAUUUCCACAAGGUAUAUCUGAUAUUAGAUGAGUUUAUUCUUGCUGGGGAGCUCCAAGAAACAAGUAAGAGGGCAAUCAUCGAGAGAAUGGGAGAGUUGGAGAAGCAGGAGUGAAGAUUUCCGUGCUUUGCUCAAGAGUCAAAACGAACACUUGCCUUUUCCUUCAUCAUCUGCACUUCUCUUCCGGCUGGCUGUAUUUACUGCAUUAGACAUUCUGUAUCCUGUUGAUACUUUCAUGUUGAUGUGGCCUCAUUUAAUACAAGAUUUGUUCAUUCAUACAUUUAAAGGUAGUUUGCAAGUUUAAAUAUGAAUAUCUUUAUCUUUU